AUGGAGAAUUCUUUUGACUACAUUAUCUGCGGGGGUGGCACCUCAGGAUGCGUGGUGGCCGGUCGCCUGGCUGAGAAUCCGCACAUAAGAAUUCUUCUUAUCGAAGCUGGACAGCAUAAUAAAGAUCUCGAAAAUGUCCAUAUGGUUGGCGGCUGGAGUAAUCUGCUCGACUCUACGACAGACUGGAACAUUGUCACUCCGCCCAUGCCCAACGUCAAUAAUCGGCAAGUCAAGCUCAGCAGAGGCAAAUUCCUUGGAGGUUGCAGUGGCUGCAAUGGGACACUUUGCAUACGCGGCAGCAAGCAAGAUUACGAUGAUUGGGGUCUGGAUGGGUGGAGUGGCAAGGAAUUUUUCAAGUACAUGCAGAAGGCCGAAACGUUCCAUACUAAACCCUGGUUUAAGGCGUCCGAUCAGCAUCAUGGAAACUCGGGUCCUCUUCACGUCGAACCACAUGAUCUCGCGCCCAUUUCCGAACGCAUAAUGGACUCUUUCGUUUCGCAGGGCCUUCCAUUGGAUCCUGACAUGUUCACAACUGGUGAGACACCUCAUGGGUGUGGUCAUGUACCACGGUCAGUAUACAAUGGUAUCCGCACUACUAGCGGAGACUUUGUCACGAAUGGCUAUCAUCGCAACAAUGUUACGUUCAUGACAGACACCACUGUGGACAAGAUACUCUUCAAGAAGACCCCAAGUGGGCCCAAAGCGGACGGUGUCUCGGUGGUAACAGCAAAUGGGCGACGGACACUACAUGCCAAGAGGGAAAUAAUUAUCAGCAGUGGAUCUUAUUGUAGCCCUACAAUUCUAAUGAGGUCUGGGCUAGGUCCGAAGGAAGAAUUGCAGAGACACAACAUUGAAUGUUUGGUCAACCUCCCGGGCGUCGGGAAGAAUCUCAUGGAUCAUUUGAUCGUUUUCAUGUUCUACGAGACAGUAAAGCCUGGUCUGACGACCGACCACCACGUCUACCACGGCGACAGUUUUGACAAAACCUAUGCGCUUUGGAAGGAGAAGAAAGAGGGGUUUCUGUCAACCUUCCCUUUUGGCUCCUUUGCUUUCGCGCGCCUAGAUGAUCGUCUUAAGAAUGAGCCCCUGUGGAAGAAUGCGCCACGACAGCCAGGCCGGGAUCCCAUGGGUUUGACACCCAAUCAGCCGAAUAUUGAGCUCUUCACUACGGAAUGUUACGGUGGUCCUAAACAGUACGAUCAAUUUCCUAUUGAUCACAAGUACGCAUUCUCAAUCAUCGCCGAAUUGUUCUCGCCUAGGUCUCGCGGUAGUGUGACGCUGAAAUCUAAGGAUCCCUUGGAGAAACCUGUAGUGGACUGCAACUACCUCGCAGACCCACUGGAUCUGCUUGUGAUAACCGAAGCAUGUAGAUUCGCAAAUGAGAUCAUUACCAAGGGCGCUGGGACGAAGGACAUCGUGAAAGGCUCUUGGCCUCCUAAUCUGACCCACCACACUUACACGAAGAGAGAACAGUGGAUACCUUAUGUAAAGGAACAUGCGACAACUUGCUACCACGCUGGGGGUACCUGCGCCAUGGGCCCAGAUGGCGAUACCAACGCUGUUCUCGAUAACAAGUUGCGUGUUCGUGGCGUGACCGGACUCCGUGUGGCAGAUUGUAGUGUCAUGCCAACUCUCAACGGAGGACAUACUCAGAUGCCUGCUUAUGGAAUUGGCGAGAAAUGUGCGGACCUCGUCAAAGAAACGUGGGCAUCUCAAGCCCUUAAUGUUGCGAAGCUCUGA